UCGAUAUUGGUCUGCGGUCGACACUUCAUGUGGUAGUAAGUUAUGGAACCUUUGCGUGGUUUUCUUUCUGUGGACGUUAAAUUGUAAACCGAUUCUCGUCAGUCCGUUUUUUUGUUUUGCGCGACAGCAGAUAGAUCCACGAAUAUGCCUGCGAUCGUCGUCAAGGAUUACAGUUGGCGACAAACAUCCAAUAAUCUUAUAAUUCAUGCGCCUCUCUUUGGUCAUCCAACGAAAGUUGAUCUUUUCGCUUUCGAUAGUUACGUCAAGGCAAGCUACCCGCCGUUUAUCCUGGAGUUGUUCCUGUGGGGUAGUAUCCUUGAAGAGGAGAGCAUAUGCACCCUGAGCGAAGAUCAGGUAAUUUUUACAUUGAAGAAACAAGAAAAGGGAUUAGAAUGGCCGUCUCUGGUUAAAGAGGAUAUUGACAGAGAGACUAAAAGACAAUUGAGAGCAGGGAUCAUUGAAAGAUCACAAGACGCCAUUCGAGAACGUGGAAAGACUAAAAGUGAAAAACGGGAUUAUCUACAGAAACAAGCUGUCAGGGCACAGAUUGAUUUGGAUACGUCAACUCUUAAUAAGAUAGAUGCAAUGCGAGAUUCGCACAGGAUGGAAGCAAUGAAGGAUCUGGAAGAUUGGCGAUCACAAUCUGAAGAACCGAUCCUUCUGGGUAUAGAGGGUAGAAAGCAAGACAAUCGAAAAGCAUACAGACCACCACUUAAAUGGUUCAAGGAUGAGGAUGGCGGAGUCAAGAGAAGCAUCUCAGGUCAGGAGGAAGUUUUAGCUCUACCAGGGUGUACAAAUGAGACGCAUCACGCUGUCAGUUCCGAGAAAUUAGAAAUGAAGAAACAUUCAGAUGAUCUUGAGGUGGGGAUAGAAGAGUGUAAUGAUCAUAAUGUGAAGAGAACAGAGGCGAUUGAUCGGAAAUCAAUGAAUUGUCAAUUGCAAGAAUCAAUCUGCACUUUGGAGGAUUCUGACAAUAUUUCAAAGGAUGAGGAUGAUCAUUCUCAUACUCAGAAACGAAAAAACUCUCUGGUGGAAGAAAUGAAUGAAAAAAGUCUCAAUGCAUUUUAUAAAGAGAAAGAAAAGGAAUAUUCACGAGGAAGCAAAGAACUUAUAGAGCGACUGUUGAAGGGUAAACCAUUGAGAAGAGGAGGAAUUUUUUGUGAUGCAGAAAAGGCAAUUCCGCUGCCACGAAAAAGUGGGACAAUCAGUGUUAAAUUCUCGGAACGUGCUUUUCCAACGCCUGCUAGAGAAAGUCAUCAGCUCGAGGAACAGGAAUGGCUUGAGAAGCAAGCCAAGGCAAGAAAGCAAUGUGGAUUCGUAGCAGAAGAUUUGACUCCUGAGGAACAAGAUCCACAAUGGCUGAAGGAUAAGGGAGAUGAAUUCUUUAAGGCUGGAAAUUAUCUGGGUGCUAUAAGUGCCUAUAGCCAUGGUAUUAAGCUGAGCGAGCACAUGUCUUCUCUUUACGUUAAUCGAUCUGCGGCUCAUUAUGCUCUUGGAAAUUAUUAUCGAUGCGCUGAGGAUUCCUCUAAAGCACUCGAAUUAAUGGUGCCUCACUGCAAUGGAAAUAAAGAGUCGAGGGCAAGGUGUCACGCUCGCAGGGGUGCAGCUCUUUGCAAAUUAUCAGCCCCUCAGCAUGGAAUUCCUGAAUUGGAAGCUGCACUAACUUUGGUCCCAGAGAACGAGAGUAUCAAGCGAGACCUAAUGGCAGCCAAACAAUACUUUGACCUUCCAUAAAAAUUAUUUGAGAACAUUUGAAGUAACAGUGUCAGUAUUUAAAUAGUAAGAGUGAUCUGUAUUCGAUUAAUGAUUUAAAACAAAUGAAACAUACGAUGCGUGAUGACG